AUGACCUGGUUGGUACCGUUUCUCCUCGCUGGUACUCUUAUCGCAGCCAAGCCUCCAAAGGAUGCUUGUGCAGAAAUCGCAGACAAGAAAUGGGUUACGCCUAUCCAGGCCAGAGCUUGCCUCUCUCUGGCUGGCGUCGACCCUGUACUAAAGGCCAAUACCAUCGAGGUCCUGAACAAGACCCUUGCUUUCCAUACCUCAGUCAACUACCAGAUCCAAGCACCGGAGCCCUUCCAACAUGACGUGCACGAAGAUCUCCACGCCGACCUCGCCAGGAUCGCGUUCCAGGAUAAUCACACUUCCGAGUUUGACCUCCAUCUCGACCUCUUCCGUACUUUUAAACGCGUCAACGAUGGGCACUGUGUCGUGUUGAAUUACUGCUACGACUCACUCUACGUAUCCUACCUCCCGACACCUCUCGUGCUUCUUUCCGACACCGCGGGCGCACAACAUGUCCAUAUAGCCCCAGAGGCUUUCUCCGUCGCCUCGACAGAAUUCGGUGACGAGAUCGACUAUUGGCAGAAACGAUUACCCGGGACGCUCAAAGGGAAGCUCGAGUCCCUCUCUGGGGCUCGAGUCCUCCUUAUUGAUGGCCAAGACCCAUUUGUCGCUGUCAACGUCAAUGCGCAAGUUACGGGAAGCUAUCAAUCAUUCGGCACCCGUCAAAAUUCUUUCUUCUCCUCGUACCACCGUGGCCGCGACGGUUGGGAGUACGUGAUGGGAAACUUUGCCCAACAGACGCAUCCCCUCGUAGAUGCUGUCGAGCUCACAAUCCUGCGUGUGAAUAGCACAUCCAUUGACACCGUCACAAUCCCUUAUAGGUCUCGCUUUGGCUCCGGCUCGAAGAAUUUCACCGAUUUUCAAUCCUAUCGAGCGAACAACUGCCUUGCGGGGAAACAUACUAACGGCUACGAUGCAUACGAUAGUUUUGACGUUGAAAGACCGAUAGCUUACUUCCAACAGCAACCUCCCGUGGAUCCCAGAGACGUGCGAAGACAUCCGAUGAAUGUGAUCGUGGAUGCUGUUCCGCCGACAGACAUCAAGCUACCAGAAGAGCUACAACCCACUCCACCGGCACUGAAUGAGAGCUAUAGUGUGGCACAGUUUUAUCUGCUUAAUGACAAGACCACAGGGGUGCUUGCUCUGGGAAGCUUCUCCGCUCAGAGUUUCUCGACCUUCCAGUCCAGCCUGCUGUCGGGUCUGAACAGCCUCAAGUCAUUGGGGGCUAAACGUCUAGUUGUAGACGUGACGAACAACGGCGGCGGAUACAUUUGCAUUGCCCAUUGGCUUCACCGCAUUAUCAUAGGUCCCAAAGAAUCUACCGAGCCUCAAGCAGGUCUGGACAGUAAAACACGCGCCGGACCUCUGGCCCAGUUAAUCGUCAAAAAGAUCCUGGACGGUGCCGAUCCGGAGGAGCUGCUUUCUUAUAGCCCUCAACAAUGGACGAAUGCCUCUCACAUACCAUUCCCAGCUGACUCUGACUGGCUUCAUCCUGUGGUCAAUCUAAAUAUUAACGGGCGAGCUGAUGCGUUCAGUCCUAGGCUGGGACAAGAGUGCCAGCCGUUCAGUGAAGAUCCUCCUGUGGAUCCCUUAUUUAAACCCCACGAGGUUGUGAUCGUGUCAAAUGGGAGAUGCGCAAGUUCCUGCUCGCUCUUCAGUAUAACAAUGUCCAAGCUUGAUGGUGUCAAAACUGUGGUCGUCGGUGGGAAGAAGGACACGCCUCAAGAAUACUGUGGAACAGUCGGCGGUCAAUCCACGGAUUUUUCGACCAUCGACACCGAGAUCAGGACAACGCACUUGAAGAAUCACACACUUGCUCCACCAGACCUACUCACGAAUACCGUGCAAGGGAUCACAUGGAGACUUGGGUUCGGAAUUGACGACCCCGAGGAGCCAGAGGAGUGGCAGGGUCAUCCCGCGGAUCUCAACUUGCCACUAACGGAAGCCAUUGUCAACAAACCGAUGGAAAUUUGGGAGACAGUGGUUAGAGAGGUGUUUGAAGGAGUUGCCUGA